AUGGACUGUUUCAAACAAAUCCUUCGCACCUUCAAGGCGCCAUUUGCGCGCAAGCAAGGCAAGAUCGUCGAAAUUGGACCUCCUACCAAUUUCCGCAAAGAAGAAUUACCCGCCUGCUUCUCCGAUGCCGAGUCAGUCUUAACGCGCAAUCUCACUCCGUCCGAACGGCCCCAUCUGACAUCCCAGUCACAGUACUUUGACGUCUCAGACAAGCCGCAGCCCAUCGGUGGAGAGGGAGAAAGUGUCCAACGAGAUGAGGAACCGUCGGCCAUCGGUGUCAGCCAAGAUCCGCAGCCACGUCCGCAAACUGAGCGUGCGAAAUUCGCCCGCGUCCGAACUUGCCUAAAGGGUUUUCGCAUGUCUUUUGGCUCCAAAAGGGUCCCGAACGGCCAUCCGGAGGCGACGAACGGUGGCAAUGAUACUUUGUCUGGGACAAUCACGGAAAAGGCCAAGAGUGACAAGCCAUCGGAGCAAUGA